AUGUCAAGAUUAAGUGCAAAUGUCUGCUCCAAAUCACUUCUCAAUAAUAAAAAGUGUAAACUUAUGCGUGAUCUAUGUCUUCAGCUGAACAAAAAACAAGGUGUACAUUCAAACAUUGCAAUGCGAGCAGCAGGCUUUUCCUAUACUGGCGAUGCAGAUACUGCUCGCUGUGAUACAUGUGCACUGGAAGUAUCCAACUGGACACUAAAUAUGAAACCGUUCACCAUUCAUGCACAACGAAGUCCGAAAUGCGAAUUUGUUCGUUCUAGGCAACCGUCCGACAUAACAACUUUAUCACCCAUACACGCUACAAUACAAUGCACAUCAUCUUCACCAUCACAUGAUGAAGAUAGGCCAUCCAAACGACAAAAGAUAGAUCCUCCACUGGCGUCUAUGUGUUCAAAUACGUGGGUGGAAACGGAAACUUUGAAAGAAAUUCGUCGACGAACGUUCUCACACUGGCCUAAGCGAUCAUCACCAUCGGUCGAACAUAUGAUUGAAGCAGGUUUCUUCAGCUGUAACAUCGGUGAUCGUGUGAUAUGCAUAUACUGUAACAUAAUCUGCCAACAAUGGAUGCAAUACACGGACGAUCCUCGGGAAGUGCAUAGAAUCCUAUCACCACAAUGUCCAUAUGUCACUGGAAUACUAACACAAGCAUCUACAUCAUCAAUUCCUAUUUUAAAUGAUAAAUCUAAUGAAAAAGCCGCUCUUGAUAUUGAUAAUAUCACCCAAUUUGGCCAUAUAGUAACUGCGAAUGCAUGUCAUGCUUCUUACAAAGAAGUACAUAAACGAUAUGCGUCAUUCGAGCAAUGGUCCAGUUCGAGUACGCCGUCAGUUGACGAUCUAGUCAAUGCUGGAUUUUUCUAUAGUGGAACGGGAUCACAAGUGACAUGUUUCUAUUGUAACGGAUCUUUACAAAAUUGGGGGUCAACUGAUAAUCCAAAGGUAGAACAUGCGCGGUGGUUUCCACAUUGUGCUUAUGUCAGGCAGUUAUGCGGAACAAAACUUUAUAGAGAUAUUCGAAGAGCGCAGCAAGAUUACAAAGAACAUGCUGAAGCGAAUAAAUUAAAUGGCAGUAAUCAGAUGACAACAGUCGCUGCAGAUAAGAAAAAAUCGAAUACCAUCGAUGAAGUCACAUUGGCCCGGUUCGUAGCUGCUCGACUCGAUUUACCAUGUUCACAAAGAUUACUUGAUCAAAACUUCAAAUUGUCCAUUAUCAAGCGUUGUUGGGAGGAUCAACUUCGUUUGAAAAACAAUGAUUUCGACAGUGAGAUCGAUCUAUUCAUUGCUUGCACAAUACUUCAAAAACAAAUUCAAUACAUUGAUGGCCAAAAAGAUAAGAUUCUUGUACCGAGCGUUGCAUUAAGAAAAGUAGACGAACGAGGACAAACAGAAAAUCUUCAAACUAAACAGACGACAGCUGAAUUAGCAGUGGAAAAGGCAUCGAAUUCUAUUAGUGCUGAAAUGACUGCAUCUUUUGACAAGAAAUCAGAAUUUGCUGACAGGAACUCAAGCAAACUGGACGAGAUUAAGUCAGAUAGUACUACGAAAAACGUCGUUCCGAAAAAAUCUGAUCCUUGUGUUUUAUGCUUGACUGAAGAGAAAUGUCUGGCUUUCAUGCCUUGUGGACAUGUAGCCACGUGUGUACCAUGUGGGCAUUCUCUUAGAUCGUGCCCCAUGUGCCGCACAGAAACAAAAGCUUUUCUACGUGUAUAUUUGUGA